CGGUCUCAAAGUCCUUGAGAACCGUCACAUUGGACUUGUUGAAGCUGAGCCCUUUUAGGGGAUUAUCGGAGCCAAAAAACAUCCAUUUGGCUCUAUUUGCUCUCAGCACCAGGAUGGGCUUUAACCACUCCUGCAACUGCUUUCUGCCCGAGUUCAUGAUAUUUGCGAUGAACUACUUGAUCUUUGCCAUCCUGUCGGAGAUAUGCCAGUGCUGGUGGCGAUUGGAGUCCGGCCUGAAGAUGGUACUCCUGGUUGCGAGACCGAGAUCUGUGACCCACCAGCUACACCAGGUGCAAAGGCUCCACACCAUGUUUCAGUGCCUAAUCGAUUUAACCUCGGAAGUGGGCUCCAUCUUCGAGUUCGUUCUGCUAAGCUACCUGCUUCGUAAUCUUUGGAGUGGCAUUGUGGCAGGAUACAUGGUGGUACGCGUGAUUCUCGGACAUGGACACGCCGACACGGAAUUCAUGUACAUUUUGCUGGCCCUGGUUACGUGUAUUCAACCUCUGAUGCUAUCGCCCCUGAUGAAUUGUUUGACCAACACAACCGAAUUCCUACUCGAAACGACCAUGGAGGUUCUGAGGACUCCACGCAAACAAAGCGCUGAGGUGGAGCGAAGUGUCGAAUGGCUAUCACUGCAGUUUGCUAGACAGCAUACUUACAUCGCUAUUUUUGGCACAUUUCGCAUGAAUCGUUCGCUGGUCUUUCAAAGCACAUCGGUAAUCCUGGUGCACGUGCUGUACAUGGUGCAAUCUGAUUAUAUUUCGAUAACAAAAUAA